AACCACGCCUGUCGCCUGAGCCUGAAGCUGCUCCAGUACUCGAUGCUAAUGAGCGUCUGCUAAAGUGUAUGGAGGAGAUGCUGGAGGGUGUGCGCUCAGAUCUUGUGAGUAAAUUUGACGAAAUUGUAUCCGGGGCUGUGAGAAGGGAGAUUACGUCUGCUCUUGCUCCGCUGGAAGCUAAAGUUACCUCACACGAACAAGCUAUUGCGGACCUUGAGCGCUCUGCUACUGACCGCGAUGACAAGCUAACAACCCUUGGAGCUACAGUUGCUUCGCUAAAGGAUAUGGUGGAGUUCAUAUCGAAGAAAUGUGAGGACUUAGAAGGGCGGUCGAGACUGAAUAAUGUACGGGUAGUCGGUGUGCCUGAAGGAUCUGAGGGAAGCGGCCCGACGGAUUUUGUGGCUACUUUACUUCAGGAUUUACUCGGUUUAUCCUACAAACCCGCGCUGGACAGGGCCCACCGGACCCUCCGUGCUAAACCUACGGCCGGGGAACCCCCAUGUCCCUUUGUCGCCAGAGUGAAUAUGUUUCAACAACGCAACGAAAUCCUGCGUAAGGCUAGUGAAGCAUCUCCUCUGAUUUAUAAUGGGAGGCGGAUUUCUGUUUUCCCGGAUUUCACUGCUGCUGUGGCCAAAAAACGAACUGCCUUUACUAAAGUUAAAAAGGAGCUGCGCUGCUGUCCAGGUGUCAAAUUUGGUCUUUUCUACCCAGCAAUUCUACGGAUUACUCUUCCAAAUGGACAAGUCCAGAGGUUUGAAGACCCGUCGCUCGCCAUGGAUUUUGUUGAGAAAAAGCUAAAAAAUGCGGUGAUCCCUGACUCUGUUUGAAUGUUUGCCCUAUGGCAGACAUUUCUAGGACAAAUCCUUGCGUUUAUGCAUGGGGAUUGCUAUGACUUUAUUGACACAUUUGUUGUAAUAUUUUGUCAUGGUUGAUUUUUUAUUUUUAUUUUUAUUAUUUUUUAUUUUAUUUU